UAUGUUACUUGUGGAGUUGGCAUAUUUGUUAAUGUUGUUAUUUAAAUAAUAGGUAUUUUCUUUUUUCUUUUUAGAUGCAUUGAGUUUGGGUGCUUUUAAAUUUUACGUCUAUUAUGAGUUAUUGAUCUUAACAGAAUAAUUGUUCAAUUUUUCCAAAUACUAAUUAAAAAUGUUAUGAAAUAAAGUAGAACGAGAAUUAUUAAGAGGUGUCAAAAAAAUAUCUUCUGUUUAAUUUCUAAAUAUAUUUAUUUAGCAGAGAUAAUAUCUGUAGUGAACAAGUUAUGAUGGAAUGGUGCAUGGUUAACGUUUUUAUUGUUCAUUGAUCUUCGUAUAAGAAAAUGUGCGAUCUAUCCAACCUUAUCCUGCCAGAAAAUUGCAUUUUAGAAGAUUCAGAGAGCAAAGAUGAAAGUAAAAUAUGUCGAAUAUGUCUCGGAGUUUUCAAAGAAUAUAAUGACUUAGAGAUCACAGACUCUGCAUCUAUAGUAAAUAUGGUAACUAUGUGCCUUCCUCAAAUUAAUUUCAAGUUAAGCAAGGAUCCUGUUAUUUGUCAACAAUGUUUAACCAAGUUAGAAGAAUUUCAUAAAUUUUUAAUUGUUUGUCUGCAUACUGAGAAUAAAAUUUUAAGUUACUGUAAUACUGCAAAUAUAAAACCACCAGUACAUUUGCCUGAUAUUUUUAAGUUACCACUUGAUAGUGAAAAUAUUUCAGUAAAAUCUGAAGACGAUUCAAGUGGGAAAAAACUGGAUAUAAAAAUGGAAGAUGCAUCAAUCUCAAGUGAUGAGUUUGGCCCAGACAUUAAUACGGAAAGGGCAGAACCAAGAAAAAGGGGUUACAGGAAUAUCAGGAAACCAUUUUCAAAAGAUUUAGUAGAAGGAUCAUUUAAAUGUGAAAUAUGUAACAAAAAAUUUACCUCAAAAUGGGGAUUGGAUAGACAUACUCCAUCUCAUAAUACAAAUUGCCCCUUCUCUUGUGACACAUGUAACAUGGAAUUCAAGUACAAACACAGUUUACAAAAACAUUUAUUGGCACAUAUAAGUAAUGCCCCAAUAUCAAAACCGUUUGCCUGUGAUGUCUGUGGAAAAUGUUUCAACAGAAAAGCGAAAAUGAUUAAACAUCAACAAAUACAUGUAAUCAAAGAAAAACCAUUUGGAUGUAAUAGUUGUGGCAAAAGGUUCACUGCCGAGGAUUUGUUAAAUAGUCACAUUUUUCGUGUACAUGAUAGUGAAAAGCCGUAUAGUUGUGAACUAUGUGGCAAUAAAUACAGCAGUAAGUCAGGUUUAGAUGUGCACUUGAAAUCACAUUUUCCUAGUGACAAACCUAAACCUGAUCCAGACCUAAUGUGUGACUUCUGUGGCAAAUUGUUUUAUAGGAGAUAUGCUUUGGAGAAACAUAGAAUGAGCCACACAGGGGAAAAACCAUUUGAAUGUGAGGAAUGUGGCAUGAAAUUUAAAGAAAGGUACCACUUGACCAUUCAUAUGCGUCGGCAUACUGGAGAAAGACCUUAUGACUGUGACAUAUGUGGAUUUAAAUUUGCAAGCAAAAACAGACUAGGGGUUCACAUGAGGAUCCACACUGGCGUUAGACCUUUUCCUUGUCAAAUGUGUGAGAUGGCGUUCACCAGAAAAGAUCAUUUGAUUAAACAUGUGCGUGCUAUACACACUGGAGAAAGACCGUUUGUUUGUGAUAUUUGUGAUAAAACAUUCAAUAGAAGAGAUUAUUUAUUUAAGCAUAAAAAGGUUCAUAUAAAAAGAAUGUUAUAAGUUAUAUGGUUAUGGGAAUAAAAGUUAUUUUUACAGUU